AUGACAAAUUUCACUUGUAUUUCAAGAUGGUAUUUUGCUAAUCUAAAAAAAAGUAUAUAUCUUGCGGAUGAUAGAAUACUAACAACAUCCGGAGUACACGCACACAUAAACUCAAAUAGAAACAGUCAGAUAAUUGAAUCGCAUCGUCGAAAAGAACAGGUGAGUGAACAUAAAUCGAAUUCUUCAACAUCAUUGGCAAGUAAUCCACGACCAGUGCCACUCAGUAUGGCCGAUCAAGACACACGCUAUCGUCUUGUACUUCUUGGAGCAAGUCGGACAGGAAAAUCGUCAAUUAUUCAUAUGUUUCUAAAUGGAAAGUUUCUGGAUACAUACAAAGAAACCGUCGAAGAUUUGCACUAUCGAGAGUUUACAAUUGAUGAUAAAAAUAUCAAAGUUGACAUCUUAGACACAGCUGGUAAUAUGGAGUUUCCUGCGAUGCGUCGAUUAUCAAUUGCAACAUCGCAUGCGUUUAUUCUUGUUUAUAGUGUUGACAGUUUGGCGUCGUUCGAAGAAAUUCGUCGAAUUAUCGAACAGAUCAAAGAACAACGAACAAACUAUGCUGAAAUUCCAAUCGUUGUUGUUGGAAAUAAAACUGAUCGUACUGUUGUUCGAGAAGUCGAAGAACAGCAAGUUCGAGCAAUGCUCAAUGAGCUCGGCCCGUUACACUGUCGUUUUGCUGAAUGUACUGCACUUGAUCGUGCGUCAGUUAUCGAUGUCUUUCUCAAACUACUUAGUCUCGUACAAUUAUCCGCUGCAAGACAACUGAGUCCAAUCCUACGACGAAAAGUCAGCGAACGUCUGAAGAAGAAAGAAUUCGAUGAUAAAUCAGAGAAAGGUCUUGGACGAAGUCGAAGUCUCAUCCGACGAACAUCUAUGAAAAAAAAGGGAACCGCAUCGAAUGAAAAGCAUUCAUCUGGCACGCCCGAUUGUUUAGUUUCUUAA